UUAGAAAAGUUUGACAUACAGAGAUUGAAAAGUUCUUAUUUUAAAUAAAAUACCUUGUGAUAAGAGUUAAAUAGUGAAUAGUUUCACAGUUUGUGAUUGGAUUUACUUGCUAAGAAUCUUGUUGGCAUAUACCGGUUUACUUACGAAUGAUGGAGUCAUUGCUAAUUUCUAGACUCCAAGAUAUAAUAAAUCAUAUCGAGAUUGUUACGAAACAGUGCGAAACAUUUUUACAAAAGGAAAUAAGUGAUAUUGACAAACAGCAAGCAGAAAUUGCUACCAAGAAAUUGGAUAAUCUUCAUUCUCGUUUUUCAACUGAAUUAAACAAUUAUUUUCGAUUGAGUAUCGAACCAUCUGCUGAUGACAUCUCAAUGUUUAGUGCUAUUCAAUUAAAUUCCGAGGAAAUUCUCAUAGAGUUGACCAUAAAGUUAAAAGAUUUGCGUGAAGACCGAAGUGAACGGUCAAAUAAAGCUACUUAUAGUGAAUUACCAAAAUUGAACUUACCUGAAUUUAGUGGUGAUGUGUUGCAAUGGCAACAGUUCUGGGACCAUUUCACAUCAAAUAUUGAUAGUAGACACUUACCGGACGUGGACAAAUUAUUGUACUUGAAGGCUUCAUUAUCUGGAGAUGCGAAAAGAGCUGUUGAAGGAUUAGAAACAACAAAUAAAAACUAUGAGAUUGCUGUAUCGAUUCUUAAGGAACGAUAUGGUAAGGAACAUUACAUAAUUGAUGCUCACUAUGCUGCCUUAUAUAAAAUUAAGGCUGCGGACAAGACUGCUGAAGAUUGUCGGAGAGCUCUUAAUGAAGUAGAGCGGCAUCUACGAGUUUUAAAUUCACUUGGUGAGAAUACCAACCAUAACCAUCUGCGGUUUAUUAUUAUUGAAAAGUUUCCUGAAGAGAUAGUGUAUGAGUUAAAGAUGUUGUUAAAGACAGAUUCUAUUGAAGAUAUGAGAAAACAAUUAGAGAUUAUUAUUUCAGCAAGAGAGGAUGCUAAUAGAAUUGCUCAAGAGAAAAGUCAAAAGGAAAUUAGACAUUACACGGUUGAGACAUUCCACGGUACAGAUAGUGUGAACCAACAUAACCCGUCAAGCGGUUCAAGAAGGUUUAAGAUUCAAGAACGUUUUAAGAAUUUGAAGGAUAAACAUCAGGAUUGGAAUAUGAAAAUGAGGUUUGCUCCUAACUACAAGAAUAAUAAUUACAAUAAUAAUAGAAUGCUUCCUAAUAAAAGAAAAUUUGAAAAUUCAUAUGAGAAAGAUAUAAACAUGAAAAAACCAAGAUUAAAUUGUAUUUUCUGCUCAGGAGCACAUUACAAUGAUCAAUGUAAGACUGUAAGAACUAUUAAGGACAGACAAAUCAAAUUAAAGGGCCGAUGCUUUUAUUGCUUUGUUCAAGGUCACUGGAGUAAGUCAUGUAAAAUAAAUAAAAAAUGUAUACAUUGUGGAGGAAGGCAUAACAGAGCUUUAUGUCCAAAAGUUUGUGAUUCUGUGAAAGUGAAAACAUUGCAUACAAAUACUUCAGUCAAAUCUGGAAAUUCUACAACGGUGUUACAGACAGCAGUAGUUACUGUAUUAAAUGAAAAUAAAUGCGACAAAGUGAAUUGUCGGAUCCUUAUGGACUCUGGCAGUCAACGUUCAUAUGUAACAAAGAGGAUUGCUACUGAAUUGAAUUUAGCUGUAAUAGAAGAACACCAUCUUUCCGUCUUCACCUUCGGAACUGAUCAACCAUUGGAAUAUGAUAGUCCAUUAGUGAAAUUAAAUAUACUUACCAGAACUAACGAGGAAGUCGUACUGUAUGCCAAUGUUGUACCAACCAUUGCACAGCAUGUUAGUUAUCCUGGAGAAGAACUUUAUCAUUGGAAAAAUGAAUGUAUCUUGGCAGACGAUGGUUCACUUGGUGACCAAGUGGACAUCCUCAUCGGCAAUGACUAUUAUUUCACGGUUAUAGACACAACAAAGAAACUGAUAAGUGAGAACUUAUUUUUAGUGGAUUCUAAAUUUGGAUGGAUGUUGACAGGGAAAACAGAAAAGAAAAAUAUAGAUAAUUUAUCAGUUAUUACUUACUUUCAGUCAAAUAAAGAAACAAAAUUGAAUAAACCGGACUUACCUUUAGACAACAUGCACCUGAAGAACUUAUGGGACCUUGAAUGUAUUGGAAUUACUGACUCUCCCAACACUACUAAAGAGGAAGAAGCUAUGAAGAACUUUAAUGAUAACACAAAAUACAAGGACAAGAGAUAUUUUGUAUGCUGGCCAUGGAAUAAUAAUGUUUCUACUCUACCUACUAAUCUUGGACUAGUGACAGGAAGAUUAAUCAAUUUAUUAAGACGAAUGGAGUAAAGACACCUGGAAAAGCUGUUCGUAUUGUAUAUGAUGCGUCAGCAAAACUGAAACAAGGAGUUAGUCUCAAUGAAUGUCUUCGAGCUGGACCAGUAUUACUAGAAGAUUUAACAGGAUUAUUGAUAAGAUUCAGAUCUCAUAAAAUAGCAAUAACAGCAGAUGUUGAAAAGGCAUUUUUACAAAUUGGACUUCAAGAUGACAGUAAAGAUGUUACUAGAUUUCUAUGGCUCAAAGAUAUAACGAAAGCAGCUACUGAUGACAAUAUUAUACACCUUCGCUUUUGUCGAGUACCGUUUGGGGUCAUAUCUAGUCCAUUCUUGUUAAACGCAACUAUCAAAUACCAUUUAAUGCAGUCGGCUAAUAAGGCUGUACAACAAGUUUCUGGUGACAUAUAUGUAGACAAUUUGGUUACCGGGACGAAGACGACAUUACAAGCGAUUACAUUAUACAGCAGUUUAAAAAGAGAAUUUGAGAAGAUAACUAUGAAUCUAAGAGAGUGGAGUUCCAACUCGAAAGAAUUUAAAGAGAAGAUACCAGAUGUACUUGACAAAGAAGUUGUCAAGGUUCUCGGCUUAGACUGGAAUACAAACAAAGAUACAAUUCAAUUGAGACCAAACAAUGUUGACUUACAAACUACUAAACGAGGAGUCUUAAGAACAAUUGCUUCUACUUACGAUCCAUGUGGAUUUGUUGCACCAUCGUUGUUGUCACCAAAAUUGUUCAUGCAAGAUCUGUGGAAAAGCAAAAUUAAAUGGGAUUCAAAGUUACCAAAAGAAUUAUUUGAAGAAUGGAGAAACAUAUAAUAAUUUAGAAACUGAACAGGAAGAAAUACCCAGAUAUUAUACAAAGGACUUUGAAAGUAAAGAAAAUCAGUUACAUUGUUUCACAGAUGCAUCAACGAAGGCUUAUGCAGCUGUAGUAUGUAUAGUAAAUGAAAAUGGCAAAGAAUGUUCAUGAAGUUACAAAGUCAUUAAUUAAUAAUAAAGAAGAAAGUAAAACUAGUAAACACGAUAGUAAGUCAAAAGAAAUAGAAGAAAUGAAAAGAAUACAAGAAACUUAUUUUCCUGAUGAGGUUAAUAUGAAAGAAACUGCUUUAAGUCGUAAUCUACGAUUAUUUAAAGAUGAUGAUGGUUUGUUAAGAAGCAAAGGAAGAUUUGAAAAUACUGAAUGGUUGUUUGACAUGAAAUACCCAAUUUUAUUGCCCAAGAACUGUGACUUCACAAAUAGUUUAAUAAAGAGAAUACAUGAAGACAACUACCAUGUUGGAGCCAAUCAUACAUUGAGUUUAAUUCGGAAGUUGUACUGGAUACCACAGGGUAAAGCUCAAGUUCAAAAGAUUAUAAGACAGUGUUCGAGCUGUAUCAAGCAUGGAGGCGGUCCAUUCAAACUUCCGCCUACUCCUGCACUUCCUGCUGAAAGAGUGAACUAUAGUUCACCUUUUACAUUUACUGGACUUGAUUAUUUAGGACCAAUAUUAGUAAAGACUGAAAAUGGAGUUUCCAAGAGGUGGAUUUGUUUAUUCACUUGUUUAGCUGUAAGAGCUAUACAUCUAGAAUUGGUACAAGAUUUAUCUGCUAAAGAAGGGCUACUUGCUCUAAGACGAAUGAUUUCUACAAGAGGGACUCCUGGUUUGAUAAUUUCAGACAAUGCUUCACAAUUCAAACUUAUAUCAGAGCUUCUAACCAAUCCAUACUGUAAAGAGAAUAAAAUUACA